UAUUUUGGAAUAUGUUUCUUAACAAUAGGAAUUUUAUUAAUAAUGCGUAUAUAAAGUCUUUAAAAUGACCCUGAAAUGAAUGAAAGGAAACCAUUUUUAUUAUUAUUUUCCUGUUUGGUAUUAGUAUCUGGCAUUUUCUGUUUUUUUUUAGACGAAAAUUGGGUAAUAAUAUUAAGUCCAUUAGAAAAAGCCCCUUUAUAUAUAAUAAUAUCAAUGUCAUUAAAUUUUUGUGUCAUUUUUUCAAUUGUUGACUUAAUUAAUUAUUUUUUAGGAUUUUUCCAAACAUCAAAUUCUAAAACUUUUGUAGAAACUCCUAAAUAAAUUGUUGUAAGUUUAAUUUUAAGUAUUAUUAUGGGACUUUUUUAUGGAAUUAUAUUCAGUAUUUUCGAUUUAGAAGAUUAAAGGGGAAGAUAAUUAGAUAUUUAAUUAAUAUAAGAUGAAUAUUAUUGCAUUCCUAUUGCAAGUUUUUUAGGUUUUAUAGGAGGAUUUGUAAAUGAAUUAUUAAGAAUUAAAGGUGAUUAUAUACCUAUUAUUUUUUCAAAAAAUGAAGAUCCAUUUAAUGAUGAAAUUUGA